UGGCCCAGCGCUCUGUCCCGCACACAGGAACCCGCGCCGGCUCCACCAAGCAUAGCCCGUGAGGUCUUCAGGCUGACCACUAGAGGCGCUACCGAAAGUAUUUAAAACUCUGGAGAGGCUCACGGGUCCGCCAGUGGCCAAACGACCUGCCUGCAUUCAGCUCCAGGAUCCGGUGCAUGAAAAGUGAGAAAGACCCUACCGGCCUCGCCUCCUGGAAGCAAACCCCUGGGCUCUGUCUGACCUGACCAGCCUUUCCGAAGUUCCGGCGCAAACCCGCGGGCGGAAACUAAACGCUCUCUGCCAGGCGGUUCGCUCAGCCCGGCCCACUACGUCACACCCCGCAGGCCCUCUCAAGCCUUCUUGAUUGAUGGAGAACGAGCACAAGCGCUCCCGCCCCCUCCCCCGCGGGCCCUCCGGCGGCACUGCCCCGCCCACUGGCUGUCUGGGCCGAGUUUGGCCUGCAAGUUGGGGCGCUCUAGGGCUCAGACUCUGAGGCUGAGGGGGUGCUUUCCCGUCACGCCCAGGCGCAAGCCGUCGCCCCAAGUCUGACAGUGGCCAGCUUCCCUGCACACCCAGUUCUUGUCCAAUGCAGCCGACACAGGCCCCUUCCGCCCCUCAGCCCUCGAAAGGCCCCCAAGCCGCAAGCACCCCCGGAAAUGCCUCUUGCCCGGGCUCCCCUCGGUGUCGACAACCCACAAGCCAGGAGCCGGUCCUCGAGGACACGCAGACUCUGGGCCCGAACGCUGACGGGGCCUCCAUUGAUCCUGGUGUGCAGACCCCCGCGGGCCGGCCCGCCAAGUCCUACCGAGCCUUCCUGGGGCCGGGCCAGGACCGUUCCGGACCUCGCCGCGGGUCGCCUGGGUGUGAGGCUCACGCACGUGGCUCCCCCGUCCCGCGCCAGGACGCCCCUCACUCGCCACCCCCAGGCGUUCCCGCACGUGCGCCACCGACAGCAGCCUCCUCAGACCCCCACGGUCCUGCUUCUGGACCCCACCAGGGCCCCUGCGCCGCACUGAACGCCGCCCCACGGCCCUCGGCCCACCCACCGGCCCCGACCCUCGACCCUCUCACCGCCAGCCCUCAGCACCUCUCCAUAGCCUUAGCACUUUGCAUAUUCAAGGGAAAUUGGCCAAAUAACUUGAAUGGAUGUAUAAUACACCUUAAAAUUUUAACAAGAAUACAUAUUAUUCUGCAUAAAAUAUUUCCCUAGGUUAUUGAUCAUACAAAAAUGAUCCCAGACCUCUCUUGUACAUCUAUAAAUACCUUUCCUGCCAACUUCCCCUGGGAGCCCUGCUACAAACUACUAUGGUUUCUGGGUGCACCUGUGUGUGUUUCUGUCACCGUCCUCCAAGUCAGCGGCUUCUGCAUGAUGUACUAAAAAACACCAGUGUCAGGGAACCACCCAAACAUCUGCCAACAGGGGAACGGACAAGCCAACAGCAGUAUAAUCAUACAGCCAACUGCUACUCAGCAAUAAAAAUGACCAGCUACUGACACACAGAACAACAUGGAUAAAGCUCAAAACACUGUGCAGCAGGGAAGGCAUGAGACACAAGGGUGUGUGUUGCAUGGCUCCAUGUCAAACUGAUGGUUGCCUAGGGCCUAGGCACCUGAUGGAGAGGGACUGUGAGGGACACAGGAAACUUGUGAUGACAAUUGCCAUAGUUUCGAUAAGUGUGCCCCAGACUCCCUUGUGUUAAGGGCCUGGUCCAGUGCCUGCAGUGCUGUUGGGAGGUGGUGGACCCUUGGAGAGGCAGGACCUAGGUGGGUUUGGAGGCACACACCUGUGGUCCGAGCACUCUGGGAAGCUGAGGCAGGAGGAUCUCAAGUUUGAGCCCAGCCUGUACAGCUUAGUGACUUGUUAAGACUUUGUCUCAAAAUAAAAAAGCAAAAGGUCUAGGAGUGUAGCUCUGUGUGAAGGCCCAAUAUCACAAUCCCAGUAUCACACACACGCACAUACACACGCACAUACACACACGCGGUGGGGCUGUACAGAAGGCAGGUAGAUCACCGGGACAGUUGAAGGGGACACAGAGACGUUAGCUGUUUCCUGUGUUUCUUAGAGGCCACCUCCUCCACACACUCCUAUUCUGAUGUACUCUGCCACAACAGGGCCAAGGCAGUGAGUUCAAGUGACAUGGACUGAAACCUCCAGAACUGUGAGCCAGCAUCAACCUUUCCUCCUCUUCAGGUGACGAUCUUGGGUAUUCUGCAAGAGCAACAGAAAGCUGACUAACAUAGUGACAUUCUUCAUCCUAUGAGGGUCAUGCUUUCAUGUCUGUGUGUUUGCCUCAAUGCAACACAAUGCUUUGAUAAAAUUACAUGUUACUUAUGUAAGUUAUACUCCAUAAUGUUGAUGAAUAAUUAAAUGAUGAUUUUAUGAGAUGUUGAUAUAUGUUCCACAAAAAAGAGGCUGAGACUGUGAAAUAACCUGGGGAAAUAACAGGACAGAUAUUAAUUUAUGCAGGCUUUCCCAGAACCUCUGCUAAUGUGGACUAGGGUAAAGUCACUUCUAAUUUUCAUUAAAAAGAGAACAGAAGAUGCCGGAGAUUUAGCUCAGUGUUUUUGCCGCCUGCUGUGCAAGCACAAGGACCCAAGUUCAAGCCCUGGUACCAAAAAAAAAAAACUAUUUAAAAAGAGAACAGGAACUGUUCCAGGUAAACACCUGUUCUGAGUAUCUUGAGGAACAAAUCAAUCCAGGGGCUUCUACACCAUGGAGCUGUCACAGAUCCUGUUGAGAAAGAUUCUCUCUACUUGUGAUAUAAGUAAAAAAAAAAACACAGCGCACAAUAACAAUGACCAACUAAACAUAAAUUGAAAAUUGAAGUCUACAGGUGAACAUAUGGCAUGACUAGGUAUUUUUGACUUGGUAAUUUUGGUCUCUUGAUUGACAGUCAAAACUCCAAAUCCUUUAGCACCCAGUUGUCACGUGCAAUUAGAAAGGACUCCUUGAACCUUCUCUAUGUGAUUUCUCAGCCUGAGAUAACCAGCUUUCCCUCUGAUUCUGAAAUAAAAGCCAGAGAAAUGCCA